UGACCGUUAUCCCUGCACUAUUGACUUUCCAUUCCAGCCAAAGGACACUACAAGAGUUACCAUCUCCCCCAUUGAUUCUUCUCACAUCCUUGAACUCAUCAUCUCUCUUCUUCCUCUUCCAAUCGAAACAACAGCUCGCAAUCGCAAUGGCUUUGAGACCUCUGGAUAAUGCUCUCCCAGUGAUUUCAGAAAGGCCCAAAAAGCUAGCCAAAAUUGCAGCCCCGACAAAGAACCCCAAUCAGAAACACCCCGAUUUGCUGAGUGUGAAGAAUGAUGAAAACAUGGCUCCUGUUCCGCCGCCCGGAGAUGCCGCCGUGGAUUAUAUCCCUUCUGAGAAUCUCGAAGCUGUGGCUGACCCGGAUGCCAAAAUCCAAGACCUCGUUGGAGGGUUAGAAUCGAAGGACUGGUUGAAGGUUUGUGAAUCGCUGAAUGAUGUUAGGCGCUUUGCACUCUUUCAUCCCACUCUAUUGGACCCGAUCCUGGAUAAGGUAAUCUUGAUUAUGGUGAAAGCAAUGAAGAAUCCCAGAAGUGCUCUUUGCAAGACCUCCAUCAUGGCUUCAUCUGAUAUCUUCAAUGCAUUUGGUGAUAAGUUGAUUGAACCUGCAACAUCUGAUGCAUUUGACCAUGUGCUUUUGCAGCUACUGCUGAAAGCCUCUCAAGACAAGAAAUUUGUGUGUGAAGAAGCAGACAGGACACUCAAGGUAAUGGUGGAAUCCAUGACUCCUCUCCCUCUGCUCCAAAAGCUCCAAGCUUAUGUGAAGCAUUUCAACCUCAGAGUCAGGGCCAAAGCUGCAAUCUCAAUCGCAGAAUGUUUCUCAAAGAUGGAGCUGGAAGGAAUGAAGGAAUUCGGGUUGGUUCCAUUGAUCCAAACUGCAGUGAAUCUGCUGAACGACAGGCUUCCAGAGGCACGAGAAGCAGCACGAAGCAUUGUUGUUUCGUUGUAUGAAGCACUAACCGCAAAUGAAGAGCAGAAACAGGAGGCAUGGCAAAGCUUUUGCCAGUCUAAUCUGCCAGCAAUUCAUGCACAAUCCUUGAUGAAACUGGUUUCUUCUUAGUGAAACUAGCAGGCUUACAGGGAAUCAGUUUGUAGUGGUGAAAUCUCUAUGCCUGAUACAUUAUUGUAGUAUGGUAAUUUGGUUAUGAAAUAAUUAAUUUUUUUAAAAGAA